ACAGGAAUUUAAACAUUGAGUUAGUUUUUACGCACAAGUAAAAAAAACAGUGCAACGAUAAUAAACUUUUAAUCCUGUCUUUAUUUCGUGGAGUUUUGUGAAGUGGAGCAUUCUUGGUUUCGCCUGGAUUUUUGGUCGCGUGGAACUUACUUGAAAAGAGCAGUGCAAUGUCUAAAGAAGAAGAAGAAAACGUGGGUCAAAUCGCUAUAAACUCAGAAAACGCACAAAACGGGGCAAGUGUAAACGCGAGGGCGGUGUGUAAUGUGUGCAAGCGCCUGUUUCGAGAGCCCAAACUCUUACCAUGUCUCCAUACCUUCUGCUCGGACUGUAUCUCUCAGCUGGAGCCGUUCUCGCGCUCCCCCUCCUCCUCUGUCACUGUUCUCUGUCCGGACUGUGACUCCGAAGUGGAUCUGCCGACUGCGGGACCGAGCGGGCUGAGCACAGACCACCUGGCUCUGGAUGAGGUGUUUUUGGAGAUGCUGGUGACAGACGGCCCGCUGCCCUGUGACCUCUGCGGGGAGGGCGCAGCCGAGAGCCGCUGCGAGAUUUGCGCCAUCAACCUGUGCGAGUUCUGCUGCCAGGCUCAUAGGCGUCAGAAGCGGACCGCCUCUCACUCAGUCCAGGCUCUCCAUGAAUUGAAGUCCCGUGGUCGCCUCUGUCGUCCCGUCCUCUGCUCCCUCCACCCGGGACAGGAGCUGCGCCUGUUCUGUGAGCCCUGUGAUCUGCCUGUGUGUCUGGAGUGUGCUGCCACUCUGCACCGAGACCACCAUUGCUGUCCCACACGUGACGUCAUCGAUCGUCAUGGAGACCACAUCCGGGAACUGGUCUCGGUGCACCUGCGUCCUCGUCUGGAGCGCCUGGAGGAGUCACUUCAAAAGGUGGAUGAGUCCCAGGAGCUCCUGACUUCCCAUGUGGAGGAGGUGGCAAAGGAGGUGAGGGGGUUUGCUCGGGGAUAUGCCAGUGCUGUAGAAGCUCACUGUCUGUCUCUGCUGCGCCGCCUAGAGGAGCUACACAAACAACGCAGAAACCAGCUCCAGUUACAGAAGGCUCAGCUGCGCCAGGCUCUGCUGGACGUCCGAGGUGGAGUGGAGUUUGCUGAGAGACUUUUAAGUUGUGGUUCAGACGCAGAGAUCCUCAGCGCUAAAGGAGUGACCCUGCAGAGACUGAGCAGCCUGUCUAAGAGCAGCUACGAUCCACAGUCUGCGCCAGGACUGGACGAUGGUGCCAACAUCUGCUUUUCGCCCUCCGAGUCAGCAGGGGAUGUGAACGGUUAUCCAGUUGUUGGAAUAAUCCAUGGGAAGACAGCCGACCCCAGCAAGUGUAUUGUGGAGGGCGAAGGACUGCAGCAGUGUAGUGUGGGACAGUCUGGACACUUCACACUUGUCUGCAGGGACCCGGGAGGGGACCAGCUGACCCGAGGAGGAGAGCAUGUUGUGGUCAGCAUUGCUCAUAAAGAAAAGAGAAACUGUACAAUUGUGACAUCAGUAGUGGACAACAGUGAUGGGACCUACAGCAUCUCGUACACCCCUGAAGAGUUUGGGCCUUACUCUGUGUGGGUCUGUGUAAAAACACAACAUGUCAAGGGCUCCCCAUUCACACUGAACAUAAAGAGGAAGCUGCGGCGACACAGCGGGACGUUUCAUUGCUGUUCGUUCUGCUCCAGCGGAGGGUCCAAAGAGGCUCACUGUGGCUGCCCGGGAACUAUGCCAGGGGGAUUUAAAGGUUGCGGACAUGGACAUAAGGGCCACCCAGGGAAGCCACACUGGUCAUGUUGUGGCAGUACAGUGCAGAAGUCCGAGUGUUUACCUGAGAGCGUGUUAACUGCUGUUUGUGCCCGUGGGCACCUGAAAACUGUGGAGCUCUGAGUGAAAAACAGGCAGUAAAUGUCAAGGUGAUGAAACAAAACCACUAAAGGAGCAAAACAACCAUGACCUACUAUAUUGUUAACUGUUUCAAAUUAA